GUAUUUCUUUUUGCGCCGGACAAUAUUGUUCAUCGUUAUCGGUGCAGUCACACUGAUCCUAUAAAACAUAUUCAUAUAAAAUUUAAUAUUUUAGCUAUGCUGGGUUCACUAAUAAAGAUUUUCUUGCGCUCGUAUGCGACAAAAUUAAAUCAGCACCAACAACUUUUGAUGGCUCGAAAUUUGCCCAAAAAAGAGAUGAUAUUUGGUGUAAAAGAUAUCAUAGUCGUUGCAUCUGGAAAAGGGGGAGUGGGAAAAAGCACUAUUGCAGCGAAUUUGGCCUGCACCCUAGCCAAACUAGGAAAACGGGUUGGUCUUUUGGAUGGUGAUAUUUUUGGUCCGAGCAUUCCCUUGCUGAUGAACGUACAAAGCGAGCCACUCUUAAAUGAUAAAGAUCGUAUGAUUCCGCCGGAGAACUAUAAUGUAAAGUGCCUAUCGAUGGGAAUGCUUACACCUUUAGAUGGCUCAAUUAUUUGGCGAGGUCCACUUGUUAUGUCGGCUAUUCAAAGACUGCUUAAGGGUGCAGAAUGGGGCCCGUUGGACAUAUUGGUCGUAGACACCCCUCCGGGCACGGGCGAUGUGCAUCUUUCCCUUAAUCAGCACGUACCUGUUACAGGUGUUAUUCUUGUAUCCACACCCCACACUGCUUCGAUACAGGUGACGAUAAGAGGUGCUAAAAUGUAUGAAAAGAUGAAUGUCCCAAUAUUGGGUGUGGUGGAAAACAUGCGUUACUCAAUUUGUGAAAACUGCAAAAACCGUAUGGAGUUUUUUAAAGAAAUUUCAAUUAAGUCUUUGCCUUCUAAGCUUAUUUCAAUUCCGCUUGAUGCCCACAUAGCAGAUUGCUCGGAAGCUGGUGUUCCUGUGGUUGUAAAAUACCCCAACAGCGAGUAUGCCAAUCUAUUUACCCGACUGGCAAAGGAAAUUUGUUCGUUAAUAGAGAAAAAAAAUGAUUCCAAAGGCGAUAAGAGCGAUGCCUCCUUAAAUUAAUAUUAUUUUAAUGCGAUGAUUAAUAAUGAAAUUUAAUUUUUAUGAAAAUUAAUUAUCAAAACGAGAAAGAAAAGCUAACUUUGGCUGCAUCCGAAAUUAUUAUAAUAAAUAGUUGUUAAUUUCUGGUGUUGCUGAGUGGGUAGAGCGUGCCUCCCCCAACGCUACACUCGAAGGAUCUUAUCCUACCAACUGCCAAAGCAAAAAUUUGUAUUUAUAAAUUAAAAACAAAAUUUUUUUGGAUAAAAUAAAUUAAUUUUUUUUUGUGAAUGAAAAUACUUGCCUUUUAAGAGCAAUAUCAUGCUUGACAAGCGCUGUACUCGCCAAAGCUUGUGUGACCGAGCUGUUGAGCAUGCGUCGAAUUAAGAUUUCUUAUUAUAAUCCGAUAUUUGUAGAGUACUAUCCCAGCAGUACUGAAAUUCCUGACCCCGACUUUUCCGUCCCGAAUGUCAAAUUUCGUUCGAAAAACAAAAAAAAUUCAAUAAGGUUUGCUCUUCGAACGUCCAAUCAAAGUAGGCGAACUAAUUCUGCCGGCCCUCUGCUGCUGCUAGAGUUCUAAAUUAGGCAUAUUCGAUAUUAGUUAUUAAUCACUAAUAUUUUCUUGUCAUUCUAAAUAUUUUGCGCAGAAAACUUUAACCCCAUGGUUCAAUGAUUAAGGUAUCUGCCAGUUAAUCGUAAGGUCGUGGGUUCGAUUCCAAGCGGAAAAGUCUUUAUUGUGAGUUGAUUUUUGCUUACUUUAAUUUUGUAAUUUUGUAAUAUCGCAAUCUCAAAAUAAACUGUUAUAUUCAAUA